GGUUCUAGGUGCUUCAGGAGCUGCAGCUUAAGGUGCAGACAUGGCCAAGACCAAGAAUCACAUCAAACACAACCAGUCCCGAAACUGGCACAUAAAUGGUAUUAAGAAACCCCAAUCACAAAGAUACGAAUCUCUUAAGAGGGUAGACCCCAAGUUCCUGAGGAACAUGCGCUUUGCCAAGAAGCACAAGAAGGAGGACCUAAAGAAGAUGCAGACCAACAAUGCCAAGGCCAUGAGUGCACGUGCUGAGGCUAUCAAGGCCCUCGUAAAGCCCAAGGAGGUUAAGCCCAAGAUCCCAAAGGGUGUCAAUGACAAGCUCGAUUGACUUGCCUAUACUGCCCACCCCAAGCUUGGGAAGCAUGUUCUUUGCCCACAUUGCCAAGGGGCUCAGGCUGUGCUGGCCAAAGGCCACGGCCAAAGAUCAAACCAAGGCCCAGGCUGCAGUUCCAGCUUGAGUUCCAGCUCAGGCUCCCAAGGGUACCCAGGCCCCUACAAAGUCUUCAGAAUAGAUAUAUGUCUGCCAACAUGAGGCCAGAAGGACUGUUGCGACCCCCAACCAGGGCUGCUGUCUGCAUAGGGUUGGGGUCCUCCUGUGCUAUGUGUACAAAUACACCUGAGGCAGGAAAGGAAAAAAAUAAUGCUAAAUAGGCAUCACAAACUAACAGAUGAUGAGAACUCUGAGUUAGAAUACAAAAGAAAAAUUGAGAUUUUU